GCAAUACAUUUAGUUACAGUAUUAACAGCGUACAGAUUAGAUGCUUUGAUUUUUCAGUCAACUAUCGAGAUUAGUUGUAGAAGUAGUAUCCUUAAAUUUCAUUCUGGAAUUACAUUUUCCCUAAGGGCAUCGUAAAAAAAGAUCUGGUGUAAUGGCUCUGGCAUUGGCUUCUCCUUGCGGGGUUCUGUCUGAUGAGGAAGAGUGUGGAGCUGUGUUUGAGUCCACAGCUGCUGAUAUUGGAGGACUCAUGAGAUCUCAGCGGUUUCUGUCUCCUCUACCAGAGAUCUCCGUCAUAACCCCUGCUGCUGACUCAAUCACUCCUAUUAAAGAGUCAGUGCAGAUUAAAAGUGAUGUAAGCAGAAGGGGCAGUGCUGAUGAUGGAGCAGAGAAGCUGAAGGUUUUCCUACGGAUCCGUCCUCUCUCAGAGGAUGAGCGAGGAGAUGAGCAGGGCUGUGUGAAUGUGCAGUCUGAGGACAGUCUUCUUCUGAGAGCACCCAAAGACUCGCGCAACAUGAAGAGUGCAGAGCGAGGAGUCACUCAAAGCCUGCACAAGUUUUCCUUCACUAAGAUUUUUGGACCACAGACAUCUCAGCAGGAGGUGUAUGAUCACACCAUACGCGAGAUGGUGCGAGAUGUUCUGCGAGGAGAGAAUCGGCUCCUCUAUACCUAUGGUGUGACCAACUCAGGAAAAACUUACACCAUACAGGGGACGGGUGGAGAGGCAGGUUUGCUGCCAAGGGCCUUAGUAUCUAUAUUCCUCAAGCUUUCUGGGAGGCUGUACUUGGCCAUGGAUCUCAAGCCUGUUCUGAGUCAGGAGAUCAGAAAGCUGGAAGCCGGUGAGGUUCGUGUUGAGGAAAUGUGCCGUGAUGCUCUGCUAAAAGAGGAGGAGAGCUCAGGUGGACCUCACUCUAGGCUGCGGGCAGGUCUGUCCUUGGACAGUGGCAUCAGUGGACUGUCAGUGACUAGUCACAUAGCAACACAGCUUGAAGAUUCAGAUGGUAUUUGUCUGGAGACGAAUGGUCUUUCCCUCAGCGGGGAUGAAGGUCUGGAAGAGGGGGUGCAGUUCUCAGUGUGGGUCUCGUUUUAUGAGAUCUACAAUGAAUUCCUUUACGAUCUCCUGGAUGCUCCACCUUCACUUCAGACCCGCAAAAGAGCAACUCUACGCCUCAGUGAUGACAAACACGGAAACCCUUACGUGAAGGAUCUGACCUGGAUUCAGGUACGUAGUGCAGAAGAGGCCUGGAAAUUGCUUAAAGUUGGUCGACGCAACCAAAGCUUUGCCAGCACUCACCUGAACCACAACUCCAGCCGCAGUCACAGUAUCUUUACCAUCCGCGUUCUACAUGUCCUGCCACAAGCAGAGUUGGGACAGGUGACUCGAAUCAGCGAGCUCUCCGUGUGCGACUUGGCGGGGUCUGAGCGCUGUAAAGACCAGCAGAAUGGAGAGAGAAUGAAAGAGGCAAACAACAUCAACACAUCUCUGCUUACACUAGGGCGCUGCAUCACUGCUCUGAGACACAACCAAACCAAUAAGUCUCGUCCUCCACUGGUUGUUCCAUUCAGAAAUAGCAAGUUAACCAGGGUUCUCCAGAGUUUCUUCUGUGGUCAUGGGCACUCUUGCAUGCUGGUCAAUAUCAACCCCUGUGCCUCCACCUAUGAUGAGACUCUUCAAGCACUGAAGUUUUCUGCCAUCGCCACACAGCUGGUACAUGGCCCAUGCAGUAAGACACGUGUGGCCUACAUCCUGUCUCUGCUUCGUGAGCAACCCGCUAUCCCCAACGACACCACUCUACUAGAGGAAGAGGAGGAGAGUGAUGAGGAUGGAGACAUUACUAUGUUUGAUCCUGAGGCUCUUCUGAAGGCCAUCGAUGUUCUGAAGCGUGAGGUGCUGCGACAGCGGCAGGAGAAAGACGAACUAGAGGCCAAGGUUCGAGAAGAGGUCUGCACUGAGAUGAUGGAGGUCAUCAAUCGCAUGCAGGCUGACUACAGUGAGACGAUGGAGAGUGAGAGGGAUCUGAUGGAGAAGAGAUGUGAGAACAAAAUCAACAACCUGAAAAGCAGCCUGAAGAAAUACUACAGCCAAGAGUUGGAGGAGCGAGAUGAGGAGAUCAGAGAGCUUACUACAGCUCUUAAGGAAAAGGAAGAGGGAGAUAUAACCUCAGCUCCUACAUUUCCACCUUUGAGUGAUGCCAGCUGUCUACGGCGCUCGCGCCGCUUGGCAUCAACACACAAGCGGGACACCGAACAUGAGAGCAUGGAGCUCAUGCAGUGUAAAGCUGAGCUGGACCAGUGUAAGGCUGAGCUGGACCUGAAACAAAAAGAACUGUGUCUGAAAACACUCGAACUGAAGCGUUUCCAGGAGAACAUGCCUCAUACGGGUGCCACGGGUACUCUGACGACUACAGCUGAGCGCAAACUAGAGGAGGGCCAGAGGAACCUGAAGCAGCUGCGAAUGGAGCUACAGAUGUUGGGCAUGAAGCUGCAGUCUGGAGAGAGAGCGUGUUGCCGUAACACAGAUGGAGAGAAACUUCGUCUUGCUCUCUCAUCAGCUGACACUAAACUCGCUAAACAGGAUCAAAUGCUUGUGGAGCUGCACACCAGCCUGCAGCUGGUCAAAGCAGACCUGCGCAAGAAAGACGAGACUCUGGUACAACUACAGAGCACUCAGCCACCCAAGCCCCCCAUAACACCCGGAUCCUGCAAGAAGAGAGGCUGUGUUGCAGCAGCAGCAGCUGCAGCUGCAGGUUACAUAGAGAACCAGCCUCCAGAAAAACGUCCCUUUUUCCGCACCCUGUUCCACUCACGCACGGCAUCCAAGACGCCUGUCCGUCAGACUCGACAAAGGCCUGAGACCACCACGCCCUAUGCCCGCGUGUUACGCUCACGGCAGCCUUCCCCUCCAUCCACUCCAAUUCAGCUCCGGUUCAAAUAUUAAAGGCCCAAGAACCUGUACACACAUUUUAUAUCUUUUUACAUUUCUAAAUGUACAUAUUACUUUUAAGCAUUUAUUGAUUCAUGAGCUUUUCAUAUUAUAAUCAGGUGGCCUGAUUCUACUUUUAAGUCACUUUUCUUUUUAUGGCUUUUAUUUGAUUGAAUGUUUUGAGGGUUUCCAUUUGUAAAAUCAGAAUGUUAUGGCUGUGUACUACUGUCAGCUGGAGCAUGUUUAAAAUGCUUUAGAAUGUGAAGAUUUAAAGGGAUAGUUUACCCAAAAAUGAACUUUUCUGUAAUUUACUCACCCACAUGACAUUCAUACAUGAAACACAAAAAAUGUUAAUGACAGAAUGACAUCCCCAGUCACUAUUCACUUGCAUUGUAUUGGAAAAUGAACGGUGAGUGAGGCUGUCAUUCUGCUUAAGAAAAUCAGUCAUAUGGGUUUGGAACAACAUCAGGGUGAGUAAAUGAAGAAAAACAAUUUUAAGUGAAAUAUCCCUUAAAGAUUUUACAUAUCCCA